UGUAUGAUUUAAAGUAGUUUUGUCCUCAUUCUCAAUCAGUACUUAAGCCUUUUUAGAAUCAUGCGUUACGAAUCCCAGCCGCGCGCCGUCAGUGCCCGGCCCGCCAUCUUGGCGUCAACGCGUUUCUCGUUAUUCUCGUUAAUAUAACCAGUUAUUUAACGAAAAUGAGUGACUCCGGUAGACGCGGGAAGAAUAUGAUUUGGGAAUACUUUGAUAAAGUGGACGAUGAAAAUAAGGAUGCAGAGUGUAAACUGUGCCAUAACAUAUUUAAUUAUAAGUCAACUUCGCAUAACCUCAAAAAUCAUUUGAGGCAUAAGCAUAACGAUAUAUAUAUGAGUAUUCCGGUGCCUGAGACACCGGGGAAGAUUAUAAAAAUGAGGAAGAACAGGUCCUCUGUAUGGGAAUAUUUUGAGGUGUUUGACAGUGAGAAGAAAGUCGCGAGCUGCAACGAGUGCCAGAGGACCAUCUCGUACAAGACCACCACGGCCAACCUCAAGACGCAUCUCCGGCGGGUCCAUGAGCAGCUGUACGCUGAGAUGGAGGGAUUGGAGGGGGAGGAGAAAGAAGUGUUCCUUGACGAAGAUGGGGACGAAUCAGACUCGCACGAUGACGUGUGGAGCUUCUUCGAGCGCGCGGGCGGUGAGGCGCGCUGCGCUGUAUGCCGCGCCAUGGUCCCCAUAUCCGCGCUGCGCACUCACCUGAAGAACAAUCACCCUAAACUAGUUGAUAUUGUGGAAUCGGAGGAGGAGACAGCAACAGUGACGAAUAACGCUCAAGAAGACGUUUACACCGAAGUUGUAUACCUUGAACACGAAGAGAGCCCUAAAAGAGCUCCAAAACCUAUCGAAAAACCAAUAAAACCAAAACAAUACAUAGAAAGACGCACCAAAAAGCGAAGAAUAAGCUCCUCUUCCGACGACGAGCCAUUAAAAUACAAGAAAAAAAGAAACGACGAUGAAAUCGAGCAAUUUGGAAAAUACAUAACAUGCUUACUGAAAAAAAUGCCUCAAGAUACUAGUAUGGAAUUGCAAAUGGAAAUUGUGAAUUUGAUAAUGAAAAAACAGUUGGAGCAAAGGAAAAACGAAACGUUAGUUUUGGCGGCAAGGGAAAGCAAGAUGGCCGUCGAAACUGCCGAUGGCGGGUGUCAAACUGCGUUUGAGAUUAAAAUUAGUGAUGAGAAGAGUUUAAGCAAUGGAUAUUCGUAUAGUAUUGAGAAAAUUGUGAAUGAUGAAACGGUGUUGCAGAGUAACGUAUAAAACUAAUGAAUAUAGGUUAAUACAAAGUAUUAACGAGCCAAGUUUUUUUACAUAUCUUUGUAUGUAUUUUUUUUAUUAAAAUUAAAUGUUCUGC